AAACAAACAACCUGAGUCUUUGUGUUAUGUGUUCAUUUAACUCGAGAUAGUAGUAGCGAUGCAUCCACUGUUGUCUCUUAUACGCGUCUUCAACGCUGCCGCUUGCUUGACGGGUUGGCACAGCACGGCCCAAUGUACUUGGCAUCCGAAUCGGCCAACGCACGCAGCCGUUCCCUAUGUCGUCAAGUCACGUAUUGAUGUGUAUAUCACAAAGUGUAAACUGGAUCGACAUUGAGAUUGAAUCGACCCAACCAAAAGUAAAUGUGCACAAGAAUCAUCGGCAGAUGAAAAUAGCCAAUCAGAUUGCAGGAAUCCUUGGUCAACAUUUAAAUUAGUGUGUGACUUCAUGUGCGAUACCAAUCACCACAGGACAGGUUUUUACAUCCAAAACUCUGUACCCCGGUGUAUUAAAAAAGUAAAUCGAUAGAUUUGGCGAAUCCCAGCACACAAGUCCAAAGUUUGCGUCAAAGGACCAAUAUUUACCAUCCCAAGCAAGUUUUACUACGUACGCGUUCAUGAGGGGGUCGCAGAGGCUGUGGACCCACAUUUCGCACCCGUCGCAGCAGACAAACUCGCUCGCGUCGUCAUCUUCGUACGUGCGGUUGCACACGGGGCAGUACUGCCCCUUGGCGCGCAGUUCCUUUUCCCGCGGCGUUUCCACGGGCCUAACGAUCGACGGGUCCUUUUUGCUUGCUUUGGGGGUUACCCGGGGCGAGGCAUCUCGAGAUCGUUUCUUCGAGUCCUUCCGGUUCGAGCGCGAAGUCUGUGGCGGUGGCGGCAUGGCAGCGGCGAAGUCCCCCCCGCUGUCGUCGUCGUCGUCCACAACGAGCGGCGCCAGAGAGAGAUGAGGGGGGGGCAGAUGAGGGUGGUGAGAUUUCUUCGGCGACGAACAAGCCACCGGGGAGCCUGGGGCGGACGACGAGCUUCGCUUGGACUUUUUCUUCUUUUUCUUGGAGGACUUCUUGCUGCUCUUCUUGCGCCGUUUGUCGUCGUCGUCUGUGCUGACAUAAUCCACGCCUGGGACAUCGUCGGACGCUGUCACAUGGAGGGGGGUGGGGGUGGCGGCAGCGGCGGGGGUCGACGCGGGCACUGGGGCGGCCUUUUUCGAUUUGGAUGAGUCGUCCUUGGAACUCGACUUGGCCUUGUCCUUCUUCUUUUUACCCGCUUGGGCCGCUCGUACUUUGGCUCCACACGUGCGUUGCACGUAACACGCCAGGCAGAUGUCUUCCUUGGGAAUGACCACCUCUUGAUCUGGGGCGAUCGAGUCGGGAAUGUCCACGACGGCGUCGACUUGCCGCCACAAAGGAGAGCUCAAGGCACCGCAAUCAAUGCACGUUUUGCCAAAGUCCAUGGCCAACCGCUCCUCGUCCAAUUGCGCGGGCGUCUUCUCGGGAACCUUUCGUUUGCGCCCGCCGCCGCGACCUGGACCGGUCUUGGGCGUGUUUUUCAGGGCGAAUUCCUUGGGCGGCCACAUGCGAUCGCGAAUGUACUCCUUUCGAAUGAGCUCGCCGUCUUCGUUGCGUGCUUCAUACACGUACAAGGACGAGUUGGCUUGGAGUUUCCCAUCCAAUCGAAAGCACUCCCGCCGUUGGAUCUCCAUGAGGGCAUCGAUUCGACGAAGGGCUGGCACGUCAUGAUCUCUCGUCGGUGUAGAGGACUGCCGUUGGAGUUGGUAGUGCAAUGCACUGGCUUCAAUCGAUCGCAAAUGGCGCAGGCGCUGGUACGCAGCAGAAUUCCCCCAUGCUGACGGAAACAGAAAGUCCACGUCGGCAAGCGAGCACUUCGGGCCUCCCUCAGCUCGUUCCUGGGCUUCGUUGGGCGGAACUACAGACACGGAGACGACGUCAGAGGUGCCAGCAUCCGCGGAAGAGCACGGCGCAUGUGGAGAUUGUGCAAGUGAAUCACACUGCGACUGCCCAUCAGACAUAAUUAUACGUCCG